GUGCUGUUUGACGUGUUUGUUUUGGAGGCCAACCUCUGUUGUUCUGUGAACUGUAUAUAAAAUGUUUGUUCCUAGAGCUCACACACUUUCUCCCAGCCUUCACCUGACAUUCGCACACACCUCAGGAACCAUGUCUGCUGCUUACCUUCUUCUCCUGCUGGUCCCCGCGAUCUCAGCUCAGACUUUUCACUGGGGUGCCUGCCCUAUUCCAGAGGUGCAAUCUAACUUCACCCUUCAACCGUACAUGGGUAAGUGGUAUGAGAUUGAAAAGCUGCCCGAUAUUUUUGGAAGAGGACAGUGUAUCAGGGAGGAAAACACCAUGAUGGAAGAUGGGUCUGUUCAAGUGUCGUACUCACAGGUGUGGGACCCCCAGAACCAUCAGGGUAAAAGGUGGUACCUGGAAGGGACAGCCAAGGUUAUAGACCCACAAGAACCAGCCAAGCUUGGAGUCAACUUCUUGUCUUUUCUUCCUUACACCCCAUACUGGGUUCUGUCAACCGACUACACCAACUAUAGCAUUGUGUACUCCUGCAAAGAUGUCUUUGGGAUCUUCUACUUUGAUUUCGCCUGGAUUCUUGCGCGGUCGCCUUCUUUGCCUCCACAGAUGGUGGAUCAGGCCAAGCGGAUGCUGAUCAGCGGGGGGAUCGACAUUUCCAAUAUGACUCCCACAGAUCAGAGCUGUAGCGUUUAGCAAGAACUGGCAGAGACGUUCAGUUAUGGUAGAGUGUGUUUUUUCUCUCUGAAGGUUUUUUCCUUGAUUACCUACGCCUGUAACUUUUUACAUGAGCCAUUGUUUUUAAAAAGUACAUUAUUUUUGUGUUUUAAUAUGUUUUGCACAUGAACACAGAAAUGGUUUGAACUCUGUGUGAGCCGCUUGAUAGUUGGAAACUAUUCAGUAAAAGCUGUCCUAUUUUUAAAGGUUUUGGAUUUAAUCAACUAAGCAGUGUUUGCAUAUCCUUGAUUGCAUGUAAUAAUCCAUGAAACAUGCUGUACUUGGUGUAGGAAAAACUUUGCUAAGAUUCUGCUGACAUUAAAGAUGAACCGAUUAAACACUG